AUGCCAUUCUGUUACGAGCCCCAUUGUAGACGGAGUAGGUACUGUAAUGGAUGCACAGAUUGUAAACGACACUGCGCCUGUGAGUGUUUUGUUGAAGGAUGUAGCAGGCGAUCAGUGUGUGGCAAAUGUGUUCGUUGUGAGCAUCAUUGUUCCUGUUCGGGGUCACCCACAAGGCCAUGCAACGCCCCUUUAACACUAAUCGUACCAAGCGAGAUUAAGAUGCCAUCUUUACACGAGACGGGGUUGUCUACACUACUCGAAAGUCCAGAUGGUUUUGGACCGAGGCUGACUUUAACAAGAAACGGACUUUUCCUCGAGGAACCGGGGAUAUUCCGCAAGAACGUUCACAAGUUAAGUGAUCUGGGGCUGUCUUGGACUGUCAGCAAGAUGUCAAAAUGUGGGGGUUCUGACAUAACAAAGGACGAGGUUCGUCUAGUAGCAGUCAUGACAGAUUAUAUUCUGACAGGGAGGCUAGCACUACAAGACCACCACGGCACGGAGAUACCAAUCGCAAAGGACACUAGCAGUCCGAUAGCAACGAUCGUGGUUGACCAGCCUUUACUCCUCAUAACAGAUAGGAGGCAGGCAAGGCUUAAAGGUAAGUUCUACUCGGAGACCGGGCGUGAAAUUGGUAAGGUGCUCCCCCCUGGUAAGUACGGCUUCGUAUGGGGCAGCGGUUCAGUCGAAUUGCACAGAAGGGAGAUGUAUAUAUUGGAUAUGUUAGACAGUAGAGGGGUCACUCCUUGGGGACGAAAUGACAUUGUUCCCUCGAUAAUGGUCACAGAGGUAUACAGAGACCUCUGGGGUAGGGGCAUGUCUGAAAUGGGAGAUUUCUUUAAGAAAGUACACGCCCGAGCGGCCAACGGAGGUGAAUGGUGUAACUUCUUAGUCGCUGAAGAAGACCUAGAUUCACCCGACUGGUCAGCAGUCGCCAUUCUAGAAAGCCAACUGAAUAUUGAUUCAACGCAGGUCGGUAUAGACUACGGAGCUUUCUUCAUUCAUGAAUUGAGCCCGACGUUUAAGAGUGAAGAGUGGAAGGUGUUUGCUCGGAGCACGAUUAAGGCCGGUCACAAAAACGGUCAACAACUCAGCGGACGCGAUGGUGGGGUGUGGGCCACACCUACGAUGCUCGAGAGGGAGAUGUUGAGAAGGUUUAAGACUGCGCUACGAUCAGGGCCGCUAAGAGAGAGACUCCAGACCGGUAGAGUUUAGUGCGAUACUUCAGGUGUCCGUACCGUCUCUGUUGCACUUCCUCGACAACCCCAACUCACUCUUGGAAAGAAAUGAGCCCACUGGGUGCUACUUACCCAGAAUGAAGACUGUCAGAGCCGGAGGGAUCCAGUUUGAGCCAGUACCACUUGGUCUUGCCUUAGGUGUCACUGUCCUUAAAGAGGCAGGAUGGGCGCUUGAUAGGCAGGGCAGGAGGUUGAGAAUGGAGGGGGGUAGCCGUCAAGUGGCGCACUUGCGACUCAGCCAAGAGGCCGGAGAGUUGAGCUCAGAUGCGUGGACGGACACUGAGCGCCCGGUCAACGGAACGAGGCUAGAAGUGUUGAUAGCGGAUGUCUUAAAUUUCGAGAUCGAAGGACUCACCCAACAGUCUCCAAAAACAGACAACAGGGACGCUUACGACGAGUAUCUUAUAGAAGAGACGCCUAACAUAAUACAGCCGAUUCUCGCCGAUCUCUCAAUCGUGAGUGAGGGGCAGUCAAAAGAGGCGGCUUAUCAGGUCGCAGACUACGGUGCUGGCAAAAA